GCUCAGAUGAGCUCAGGACCUGAAACGUUGAAAGUGCUGAAUUUGGCUCAGCCUCAAACAGUCUUUAGAAUCUUUAGAAGAGACUACUGACAUCUACUGACCGUAAACUCCAUAAGCUCUGGUCCAUUCCGUCAAGCAUCCAGAGACCAUUUAAUUUCCACCGCUGGUCAGGUUAAGGAGUAGGAGGUACACCGGGAUCAUUUUUGGGCUGCUUUCCGGGUCGGGGAAUUUGUAUGAAUUUGUGGGCGCCAGCUAUGAUUGUAAACAAGCUUUGUUGGGCCGUCAAGCAGGAGACACCCUGUGAUACCCCGUGCACCAAGCCGUGUCUUCCAAACAUCGGCUCGAAGUGUGGUCUUCAGUUCUGAGACCGGACCCCUGACUGAAGAUUCGCGGCGUAUAAAAGCAACUUGGCCAAUGCGCGCCUUGCUCGUGUUCACUUGGAUUUGCAGCCUUUGGGCCCUGGAUCCGGCGGGCGUGGUCCCUGACGUCAGGCUCCGAGGCCGACGGGCGGAGGGCGACAGGGAGCAUCCGGAGCAUCGCUGGGAUCACCACCAUGAAGACCACAGGGAUGAACACCACAGGGAGGAGGACCACCACAGGGAGGAGGACCACCACAGGGAGGAGGAUCACCAUGAUGGCCGGAACGAGCAUCCGGAAGAGCACUGGGUUCCACAUCAGGCUGAAAGGGAGUGCUUUCCUACAUGUGACCCGUGCCAGACUUGCAUGGGAGGAAUUUGUGUGGGAGCUCCUUGCGAUUCCAGCCUGGAUUCCUGCCACGGGCUGUGUGAUUCCUGCCAGACCUGUUUCUCGGGAGUGUGCACCGGCUUCUCCUGCUCUUUCAAGUGCAGCCAGUGCGACAGCUGCCAAACCUGUAUGAAUGGCCAAUGUAUUGGGCAAAGCUGUGAAUCCCAGUGUCUUGGCUGCUCAACCACUCCCAUGUGUUCCCCAGGACAGACCUCGAUUUCAGGAAGCUGCAUCAAUGGGGUGUGCAUGCCCGGCUCCUGCUUGUAGUUUCACACCCACGAACAUUUCAGUAGGCCCCCUCACUUUGUACAGCCAAAGAGUUUUGGAAGGCCUAUGAAGCCCUGAUGCGGCAGAGUCUUUUGAUGUACAGGAAGAAGAACUUUGUACAGCCCAGUUGUAGAAACCAUGGGGAACCUGCAUGAUCCGUUGUCAACCAAGAUGCAACCGCCACUCGUGCGAGAAUCUCCGCAUGCGAGAAGGCCCGGAUUAGUGGGAAAA